UUGUACUUAUUUCAAUUGAAAAAAUAUAUAAUUGGAAAAGAGCAUAUCAAAUAACCUUAUCUGAAUUGCUUUAAUAAUAAGAACCAUAGAAAAUAAGUCUCCAAAGUUCUCCUUUGCAAUGUUGUCUUUGCUUGAGACAUGUUCAAACAUGGUGGAACUAAAUCAAAUCCAUGGCCAAAUGUUGAAAACAGGCCUUGUUUCAGAUACCAUCUUAGCCAACAAGCUCCUAACCUUUUGUGUUUUACCAAAUUCUGGAAAUUUAGCCUAUGCCCAGAUGUUUUUCGAUAGAUUUCGCAAACCAAACACUUUCAUGUGGAACACCAUGAUCAAAGGAUACUCAAACAAUAAUCAAGCUGAAGAAGCUUUACUUCUUUACCAUCAAAUGAUUUGUCAAUCAGUUCCACACAACAACCACACCUUCCCUUCUUUGCUCAAAGCCUGUUCUUGUUUAUCAGCUUUGGAAGAAACAAAACAAGUCCACACACGCAUCAUAAAGAUGGGUUUUAGCUCAGAAGUCUAUGCUAUGAAUUCCUUACUCCAUGUUUACGCCAUAACAGGCUCCAUCGAAGCAGCGAGUCUUGUGUUUGAUAGAAUCCCACAAAAGGACAUUGUGUCUUUCAACUCGAUGAUCAACGGGUAUGCAAAAUGUGGGGAAAUGAGCAGAGCCAACGAGCUUUUCCGAAAUAUGCCAGAGAAGAAUGUUGUCUCAUGGACAACAAUGAUUUAUGGAUAUGUCAAUGCUGGUUUUGACAAGGAAGCAUUGAACAUAUUUUCAGAAAUGCAAAUUGCUGGCGUUGAACCAGACGGUGUAACUCUAGCAACCGCUCUCUCAGCUUGCGCUCGCCUUGGUGCGUUGGAUCAAGGUAGGUGGAUUCAUUCCUACAUCAACAAGAAGAGAAUCCACAUUGAUCUAAUUAUGGGUUGUGCUCUUAUAGACAUGUAUGUCAAGUGUGGCAACAUGGAACAAGCUCUUGAAAUAUUCAGAGCUAUGGAGAGGAAAGAUGUCUCUUCUUGGACAGCAAUUAUUGAAGGUUUUGCAAUUCAUGGACAGGGAAAAGAAGCUCUAAACUGGUUUAUACAGAUGCAGAUUGAAGGCAUUAAACCAAACCAUAUCACUUUUACUUCAAUUCUUACUGCUUGUAGCUAUGCAGGACUAGUUGAUGAAGGAAAAUCAUUAUUUCAAAGCAUGAAAGAUGUUCACAAGUUGAUUCCUUCAUUAGAGCAUUAUGGUUGCAUGGUUGAUCUUCUAGGCCGAGCUGGUCUUCUGAAAGAAGCACAAGAGUUCAUUGAGAAAAUGCCUAUAAAACCGAAUGCAGCCAUAUGGGGUGCGCUGCUUAAUGCCUGUCGAAUUCAUAGACACCUUGAAUUAGGGAAAAAGAUAGGGAAAAUCCUUGUCAAACUUGACCCUUCACACGGCGGAAGGUACAUUCACUUGUCAAGCAUUCAUGCUGCAGCUGGAGAAUGGAACCAAGCAGUAAGAGUGAGAAAACAGAUGACAGAUUUAGGAGUUUUGAAAGUUCCAGGCUGCAGUUUGAUUAGCAUGAACGGUGUUGUUCACGAGUUCUUGGCCGGGGGAGGCUCUUAUCCACACAUGGAAGAAAUUUACCAAGUGUGGGAAUCGAUAGUAGAGAGACUGAGACAAGAAGGGCAUGAAUUUGCAACAAGAGAUUUGUUACUUGAUCUUAUGGAUGAGGAGAAAGAAACUGCAAUACAGCAACACAGUGAGAAACUAGCAAUAGCUUUCGGAUUAAUGAGAAGUAAACCAGGGGUAACUAUUCGAGUUUUCAAUAAUCUUCGAGUUUGUGAAGACUGUCAUAAGGUGGCUAAACUCAUUUCGAAGAUUUAUCACAGAGAUAUUGUUCUACGUGAUCGAGUUCGAUUUCACAUUUUUAAGGAGGGGAACUGCUCUUGUGGAGAUUACUGGUGAACAGAUUAGUAACAAGAACUGCAUUAGUUUAUUUAUGAUCCAGGCUUUAAAUUAAUGAUUUCAAUCUAAUUAGCCAUUGGAGGAAUAACAAUAUAAGGAUAACAAUUGUGAUCAAAUAA